CAGACACUUCUUACAGGAAAUGACGUCGCAUCAAGAACACACCUUAACAUCUCAGGUAAAAGUUGACAGACAGAAAGCAAACAACGUAACAAGUAACAAUAGCGAGGCGCAUAUCCGCUGUAUUCAUCUGAAUGGGCCAGCGGGGAACCAAACAUCCGGAGGUCCGGGUCCUCCUCUUGGGUCUGGACAACGCGGGCAAGUCGACCCUGUUGUACAAACUGAAACACGGGGCGUCUUUCAGCACGGUCCCCACCAUCGGCUUCAACGUGGAAAUGCUCGACGUGAAGAAAAGGCGGAAGAAUAUCGCACUGACCGUGUGGGACGUGGGCGGCCAAGAGCAAAUGCGACGCCACUGGAGGGGCUUCCACCAGGACACCUCGGCUGUCGUGUUCGUGGUGGACAGUGCGGACCGGGAGCGCGUGCAGGAGGCACGACGGGAGCUGGAGAGUACGCUGAAGAGCGAGCACCUGCGCGGCCGUCCACUUCUCCUUCUCGCCAACAAACAGGACAUCGACGGGGCCAUGACGGUCACGGAUCUUAAAGAGGCGUUCAACCUGAGGAAGAUUUGUGGAGAACGGGAAUGGUUCGUACAGGCCUGUUCUGCCUUUAUGGGCAACGGGCUGGACGACGCCCUGAAACGGCUUAGCCAUAUGGUGAAACUCCCGUCAGAGUCUGCCGCCACUGUCAAAGAAAACUUUAUGGACACAAUGGAUUACCUUAAAGCCAAGUCUCUGAGACGUUAAAUGGACUACACUUGGCUAAGUUUCAAUUGAAUUGAAUUGAAACUCAUGAGAACUGUAUUAUACUAAAAAAGCAGCAAAAAUAAUGCAUUAUCAUGCACAAUUUAAACCAAAAAAAUCGACAAGAGUUAAUAAAAUGCAACACUAAAGAAAUAAUUACCACCAAAACAAAAAUGUUUGACCAUUCAGUUAUUUUGUUUAAACAAAAUUCCAACAACAUUUAUUAAAUGAUCUAUUUAAAAAUAUGCGUUCAAAUAACAAGCAGGGGGCACACAAUGUCCUGCAAAAUGACCUUAUGCCAUCUAGAUAGAUAUGAUCUUAUCUUCCAUCCAUCCUCUAUGCUUCUUAUCCUCAUUAGGGUAGUGGUGGUAUGCUGGAGCCUAUCCCAGACGACUUUGGGCAAGAGGCGGGGUACAGCCAGCCAACUACCGGGCACAUAUAGACAAUAUUCAUAUACCUAUGGACAAUUUGGAGUCGCCAAUGAACCUAACAUGUUUUUGGAACGUGGGAGGAAACUGGAGUACCCACGCACACACGGGUGAGAACAUGCAAACCGGUGUCAUCUUCAAUUAGGACAAGAUGACUUUCUGAAAGAGUAUUGGAAAUCAAGAAGAUACCCUGUGGAAAUACAUUAUGGUUGUCUACAAUAAUACAUUUCUAGUUCUCACUUGACCUCAUCCAAUAUUGUUUAGGACAUUUGUUCUCCAAUGAAUGAAUACACAAGUGCCAUUUCAUUUCCUCUUGGUGGAUUUUUGAACCGCCACAUACAUUUCUGUUGGACUUCCUCACGCCAGUAUGUCCAUUUCCAUCUCGUGUGCUUUGGCAGGCUAAUUCAUUGCAAGUAAAAUAUGAGGUCUGAUGAACUAAACAGUGAGCUACCAUUAAAUGGAGUCUCUGUGAUAAGACACCGCUCACAACACAUCGACUGUAAUGUGAUACUUGUUAUGCUGUGGAGCUGAAGAUGCUGUAGGCAAAUAGAGUUCAUCAUGAGUCAUCUCUGACUUUCUGAUAUUACAGAAAUGGAGCACUUGACAUAAAUCCUCUGAAAUAUACUAUAGGCGUGUAUUGAGUCACAUUUUUGUUGACAUUUAUAAUAAUUCUGUUAUUCUGUCAUUUUGA